UUCAGCUUUUUCUUUACGAUACAUUCUGAAGUCCGGUGCAACAAGAAACCGAAUUGAACUGAGAUGUCGGCUCGUUCGUUUGGACGGCCAUGGCCGGAGUUCAACGCCGGCUUAGCUUACUCCGAUGCCGUCCGAUCUCAUUACUCCGGUCUUACAUUGAUCGAGUUUUACUCCGUCAAUCAUUCGAAUUCAGCUCCAUUGCAAGGUUGGUUGCAGAGAAUUAACAAUGGACAGAUAACAAUUGAUGGAGAGGUCAAUACGGAUCCAAACACUGUUCUCAGAGUUGGUUCAAAGUUAGUCUACAAUAGACUUCCUUGGAGAGAGCCUGAUACACCGUAUUUGUUGGAAGUACUCUUCGAGGAUGAUCAUUUACUUGUUAUAAAUAAGCCUUCUGGUCUUCAAGUUCUAUCUGGAGGACUCUUCCAACAAAGGACUGUUUUACAACAACUCCAGUGGCAGGAAAGCGACCAAGUCUUUGUGCAUGAACAUCAAGGAAUGCAUCCUGUUCCUGUUCAUCGGUUAGGAAGAGGCACAUCAGGAAUACUACUUUGUGCUAAGACAAAAUUGGCCAAGACUCGUCUGUCAGCGUAUUUUGCUGACGGGACAUCACUUGUCUUGGACAACAGUAAGGCUGAUAAGGCAACCGGCAGAAGGAAAAUUUCAAAAUUCUAUAGAGCACUAGCAUCUGGGAUCCUUGAUCAAGAUGAGGUUGUUAUCAAGCAGCCAAUUGGAAUUGUUCAAUAUCCUGGAGUUGCAAAAGGGCUUUAUGUUGCUUCAGUUACAGCAGGAAAGCAGGCUUUAAGCAAGGUUAAGGUUCUUGAGAGAGAUGUACAACGAAAUCGCAUGUUAGUUGAGGUUGAGAUACAAUCAGGGAGACCACACCAAAUACGCAUUCAUCUGUCUUAUAUUGGUCAUCCUCUUAUAGGAGAUCCACUUUAUGUUGCUGGUGGGAUACCGAAUUGUUUUGAUCCUGAAGUCGGAGAAGGAAGAUUUGCCUCUGAUGGUGGCUAUGAGAGACCAUUGAAGCCCGUACCAGGAGACUGUGGGUAUCAUUUGCAUGCUCAUCGACUAUUUUUUCCUCAUCCAACAACAAAUGAGAUGAUUCCAAUUACUGCACCUCUUCCUUUCAUACUCCAAACAAGCAAAGAAGGCUGCAACGGCAUCUAAUAAUGUAUGUGAUUUUUAGAUUUUUUCAUGUGCCAAAAUAUGAGCUAUUUCUUAUUCAAGUAACUGAUUGCUUUUCAAAUUCAUAUAGUAAAACUUAUUUAUACUUAUCACCUGCAAAUAACCUUUCUUCCUACUUUAAUUUUCUCACUGAAACAUUCAAACAGUAUAACAUUAUUGUUCCCCUAGAACAUCAAUAAAUUCCUGCAAAACAAAGGGCCCAACAAAGGCCAUC